AUGACUGACACCACGACCACGACCACGACAAGCACCCCGCUGCUCGAGCAGGUCCGUUUGGGAGAAUACGUCUCCGUCCUCACCAACCCAGAGGGUCCCGCAAAGAAGCUCAUCGAGGGAUACGUCACCUCCCUCUAUUGCUACUCCGAUUCACCUCAGCAACAUCAGCAACAGAAUGUCGAAACUGAAGACCAAGAAGAUAAAGAUAACGUCGCCGUCGCGCUAGCGGCUUUCAACGCCUUUUUGCAAAUAAACGUUACGGGUCCGGUGCCUGAUGGUCUGGCCCAAAUUGAAGGGGAAUUCGCCGACGCAGUAUCCAGCAAAACUACCAAGGAGAGCAAGAAGCCGCUGCAGCAGGCUAGGAAGCUUGUCUUUAAGACGCUGGAUGUUGAUGGUGUUUCUCUUGGUCUGGGUCAGGGUCUGGGUCUGGAAGGCGAGCCGCUUCAGUGGUUGAAGCUCAGGGUUGAUGUGUGGCAUUAUAAGCUUAUCACUCAGCCGAGCUUGGGACCGGGAUCAAUCUUCAAUAAAAGUCUGCAGUGGUGUGAGGUGCCUAGUUUGCAGGCUCAGAUCGAGCGGGGGUUGAAGGUUGUUGAGGCGGAAGUAUUGGGCGAGAAGAAGGACAACAAGGAGAUGGAAGUCAAGUGGUUGGUGGAAAAGGCCAAUGUGCAUAUCAUGCUCGGUCAGGAUGCGAAGGCGAAGGAGGCCAUUCAGAAGGCGGCCGAGGUUAACAAGUUCCAGUAUAUGCUCAGCGGUGCGCUUGGUAAGAGGACCAAGUUCCAGGAAAAGGCUACGAGUCAGCUUGUUGUUCUUGCAAAGAGCGCAGAGGAGAAGGAUGGCGAGGAGGAAGCGGAUGCCAAACCCAAGGCCUUGGAACUCAACGACGAUACUCUCUUGGAAGACCUGCAGUUCACCAAGGGCGAACUGGGCAAACAUGGCGAAACAGACGACAAGACUGGUCUUCCUGCGGCAUUGAAGGACCUCGAACCCGAUGCGCAGCCUCAGCUUUCUCCGCUGGAUCAGAUCAUCCUGCUCACGGAGGCGACGCUCAAGGACGCGUUCAGUCCCAACGAUACCCUUACCGCCGAGGAGAUCCUGCCUUUUGCCGUCAGAGUCAUCAGCGACAAGAGCACCAACUGGCAGAUCUACACGCAAGCGUUGCUGGUGAGGUCGCGCAUCGAGAUGCAUCGCUCUAGGACCAUGGAGCGCGGUGUCCUCCAGAUGCAGGCGGUUGUCGAUCAGGUUAUUUUCGAUACCACUGCUUCUGCUUCCCCUUCCGAGACAAACCCUGAAGAAGAGAAAAAGUCUGACGUCCCGGCUAUCAAGAUCUCUGCCGAGGGAGAGCUGAUCGAGGAUAAGGCGGCUGCCAACAAGCCCACUUCUUUCUUCCCCGCUGCUAAGCCCGAGGAUUCUGCGCCGGCACAUGUUCGCUUGCAGUACAUCCACGCCCUCUCGUCUCCUCCUAGGUGGCAUCUCGAGUCCGAGCUGGCCUACUCCUGGGCUGGCGUCGGUUCCUUGGUUUCCGCCGUCGAGAUCUUCAAGCGUCUUCGUCUGUGGGCCGAAGUUGCCCUCUGUCUCGCCGCCAACGCGCGCCACGACGACGAAGACGGUCGCGGCGCCGGCGGUGAAGAAAAAGGCAAAGCCAUCGUGCGCUGGCGCCUGUUCCACCGCACGGGCGUCACCACCGCCGAAGAGGAAGACGCCGAAGCCGACGACGAAGUCGAGAACGAAACCCUCGAUAUCUCCAACUUUAAGGAAUCCGACUUCCUCGGUCCCGAGCGCGUCCCGCCUCCCCCCAACGCUCCCCGCCUGUUUUGCAUUUUGGGCGAAAUGGAGGAUAAGCCAGAGCACUACGAGCGCGCGUGGGAGAUUUCCGGGCAUAGGUAUGCUCGCGCGCAAAAGAGCUUGGGCGAGUACUGGCUUUCUAAGCAAGAGAUCUUCAAAGCGCGCGACGCGUACCGCAAGGCUGUGGUCGUCAACCGCAUGUCUUCUGAGUUGUGGAAUCGGCUAGGCGACAUUUCGCUACGUCUAGGUGACUUCGCUGAAGCAGCUGAGUCUUUCUCGCGCGGUAUUGCUGCUGCAGACCCCAUCGCCGGCGGCGAAGAUGCGCGCACGUGGUCGAACCUUGGUUCAGCACUUUACUCCCUCUACGUCGAGCGGGUUAAGGAACUUAAAGCCGAGCGGGAAGCUGCCGCCGCUGCGGCAAAGGAAGUUGAAGAAGCUGACACUGAACCCCUCGCCGUCAAACCCUUUUCUAAGGUCGAAGUCCUCGACGACGAAGACGAAUCCUGCAUCGCCAACCCGUCCCAAUCCACCACCGACCCCAGCAAGCGCUCCCCUGCCACUCUCCUGCAACAGUCACUGGCAGCUUACAAGCGCGGCGCCUCCAUUGCUAACGAUAACUGGCGCAUUUGGGACAAUGUCAUCACCCUCGCGUCGCGCGUGCGUCCCCCCGCUGUGUCGGAGAUUUUGUUGGCGCUGAACCAUAUCAUUAAGAUUCGCGGGAGUGAGGACGCGCUGGAUAUUGAUGUUUUGCGGUUGUUGGUAAACGAGGCUGUUUUGAAGAAGGUGGCUGAGGGGGAGGGGGUGUAUGAACCCGGUCGCGGAACGCAGGAGCGGGCGGUUUGUGAACUUUUGGAAAGGCAGGUGGCGCCGUUGAUUACCAAGAGGGGUGAUUUUUGGGAGUUGUUGGUGAGGGUGAGAGAGUGGAGGAGGGAUUACGGGGGGGCUAUCGAUGCUGCUGAGCGGGCGUGGCGCGCCGCGCUGGGUGGUGCUGCUGCUGGUGGUGGUGGCCUGGCGGCGAGUGCUGCGACGGGAGACGGUGCUGAAAAGAGCUGGUUGGAGGAUGAGGAGGCUUGGGAGACGGUUGUCAAGAGCACGGCUCAGUUGGUCACGUUGUUGAAGGACUAUGGGCAGGGAGUGCAGGAGAUCGGGGCCAGGUGGAAGGGAAAGGCGAGGCUUGCGAUUAGGAGUGUUAGGGGCAAGGCGAAGGAGCCAUGGGAGGGGAGCGAAGGGUGGAACACGCUGGUUGACUUGUUGAGGGAGGUAGAGGAGGCUUGA